GCGGCGACUCCUCAGUAGAGUGUUAGACGUGAUUGUGGGAGGUGUUGCUUCGGCAGCCAGGGAUUUUAAUAAGAGAAUUCUGUUUGAACGCUCGACAGAGAUUUUAAUGAGCGUCGCGUCCAGAGCGGGUCGGCCAUGGUCAGGUAGCAUCGUCAGCCCGCGGGUGGUAACUCCCCGACGUGUUAUCACCCUCCACGCCCUCCAUACUCUUGCACCGCCUCCUGCCCCGCCUGCGUGUCUGGCCGCCUCCACCAUGAACUCCGUGCAUCGAGGACUCAGUCUCUAUGAGUUUCUCACGGAGGCUGAGUUACUACACUACUUCAACAAUUUCAAAAAUAACCUUAAGGUACAAAAUGUUAGUCAGAUCAAAUUUGUGACAGAUGAGGACCUGCAGGCAGUGGGCAUGUCCCGGCCUGAGAUCCGACGACUCAAGAAGUAUUUCCACAAGUACUGUCCACAGACCUACCUUUCCAAAUUUAAGAAAAUUCUGUUGGCGCGACGUGAAGGGAAUGAUGAAGGAGAGGUGGUGGUGCCAGACGAAACAGGGGAGCGACCUAGUGUUCGUGUCCCCAGCAAGCACAUCAUCCCAGCAGAUGCUAUUGUGAUCAAUAAGGAGCUUGGUGUUGGAGAGUUUGGAGUGGUGCAGCAGGGAGUGUGGACCAAUGAGGAGGGUGAGCGGAUCCAAGUGGCCAUCAAGUGCCUGAGUAAGGAACGGAUGCAGACACAGCCCAUGGAGUUCCUAAAGGAGGCAUCUAUAAUGCAUAACAUCAACUCGGAGCAUAUUGUUCGCCUAUAUGGUGUGGUACUGGACACCAACGCCCUUAUGCUGGUGACAGAGCUGGCGCCAUUGAGGUCUCUCUUAGAGUGCAUCAAAGAACCAUCCCUACGUGUCAGCUUCCCUGUGGUGUCCCUGUGCCACUUCUCCAUCCAGAUAUGUGAUGGAAUGUCCUAUCUGGAGGGGAAGAGACUCAUACAUAGAGAUCUGGCAGCAAGAAACAUCCUGGUAUUUUCCAAGAACAAGAUCAAGAUUUCAGACUUUGGGCUGUCAAGAGCAUUGGGUGUUGGCAAGGAUUACUACCAGACCAAUUUCAAUGUUAACCUGAAGCUUCCAAUAGCAUGGUGUGCUCCUGAGUGUAUCAACUACCUGCGAUUCACCUCAGCCUCAGAUGUUUGGGCAUUUGGAGUGACACUGUGGGAGAUGUUCAGCUAUGGAUUCCAACCAUGGGCAGCUCUUACUGGACAGCAGAUCCUAGAGGCCAUUGAUGAGCCAAACUUUCAGAGAUUGGAACAGCCUGAAGCAUGUCCACGAGAAUACUACAACAUAAUGCUCAAGUGUUGGCAACAUGACCCAGCCAAGAGACCCAGAUUUGUUGACCUUAUGAAUAUCCUCCCUGAGUGCAAGCCAGAGCAAAUGCAGGUGGUGAGGGAAAAUGAAGACCCUCCUUCUACACCUGGAGGAAAGAGGGAUCGUUUGCAGUACAGAGUUGGAGAUAUCAUCACUGUGUUAGACAAGAGGCCAGUGCCAGACAACCCUGCCAUUUGGAAGGGUGUCCUCAACUCUGGCAAAACGGGCCACUUCAAUCCAGCCAACUCUGUCACCUAUCUGGGCACCAACAUUCCUUCCAACAAGUCCAACUUCCAGAGAGGAGAUGGGAAGAACCCUUACUCCUCAAGGCGGCGUCUCCGGCCAGAAAUGAUCUCUGGUCCACAGGGAGACCUGAAGCAUACCGGCCAUGUGGGUCUGGAUGGGGCCUACUUUGGCGAUGUCUCCUUCCUCGGAGAUAAGGUCCAGGAUGGCAGAUUUGUUCAAAAAAAGCUUGAUAAGUACCAUCAGCUGCCCAAGCAGAUUGUGACUCCCUACAAGCCCUCUGAUGAUCAUGACCAGACCCCAUCCUUGACCCGUGCUAGCUCAGAUGUUUCUGACAGAGCUCCUCUGCUGAAGAAGCAGGUUGGUGAUGAGGGUAAAUCAGGGCCUGCAGCAGAGCACAACUGGUCAGACACAGCAAGUGAGGAGCAGCCUGACAGUCCUGCCCGUUCCCGCCAAACUGACCAUGAGUACCAUGAGAUUUCAGAUGAGGAGGAUGAGCCUGUGCCCAAACCAUUCCGCAGCAGCUCAUUUGACCUUGGCCCAAGCUUAAUGGAUGAGGUUUUCAAAGCACUGGGAGGAUCAUCAACUGAUGACACUGUCUCUUUAGACCCACCAGCUUCUCUGCCACCCCUCACCCCAACACACCCUACCCAGGCACUGCUUGAGGACAAUGAGACCCACAAUGUCAAGAAUGAGCUCAAAGAGAUUGCAUCCAAGCUCACUGGCAAGGACAACUCUAAAAAGAAACAAGCUACAGUUAAACCCAUCUCAGCAGCUGACCAGCGUACACUGGACUCAGCAAUAGCAAUGGCCAAUGAACUUGCCUCUAAGAGCAUGUCUGAGCUGGAAUGUAACCCAGAGAGUCCAGGUGAUUCCGAAGGGAUUCCAGACUCCCCCAUUACCCCAUCCUCCCCUACAAAACAUCCUGGAGGCUCUCGGUUCUCCUUCAAGUUCUCAAUGAAGGGAAGUCCUAAAUCAGAGAGAAGACACUUCAGUGCUGAAGCUGCUUCAAUCCCAGACAUUCAGUCAAGCAUAUCAGAAGAGGCCAGGGAAGUGUACAACUUCCUGGUGGAGCGGCCGGGGCUCGACCCUGACUCCCUUGGGUGCCGAGUGGAGCCUGAUUCACCCCAUGCCAGUGACCCAGAACCAGCUGAGCACAAUCCACUAAGAAUGCUUCGAGCAGGUGUCACAGUGCGACCAAAAAUUAGAGGAAACAAGCACAACCUUGGGGGUGGCAUGGGCUUCAGCACCAUAGAGCGAAGCCAUGGUAUGCGAGCAGCUGGGGUGAAGGAAGGCCUUAGCAUAUCAACUACCAACUCUUCUGACCUUUCCACUCACCAAACCCUCCCCAAGGGUUUCAAACACAGUAAAGUCCCACCACCUGUCAAACCUAAACCAUCACCACUUGUCAUACCCAACUCAGCACAUCGAAGCAGCAGCAGUGAUGCUGACAUUGCCACUAGUCCAGAUGGCUACAGCUUGGAUGGUAGCAGUCAAGAUGCUGUCAACCUCCUUCCCCUACCUCCCCGGGAUCGCACACGACCCACUGCCAGCUUAACUAAACCCCGGCAUCAACGUAAACACCCACUCAUCAUCCCUGGUGGUGUGGCAAACUCACUACUCCGUGGAGGUGGCCAUGCCUCUGCACUUAGUUCAGGGGACAAGCAAGAUGCUCCUGCUGGCCGUCUCAUUAUCCAACACACACACAAUCCUCAGCUAGAGUCACACGGCACUCCUGAUAAUGUUUCCAGCACACUACAGUCUGCUGAAAGUCAAGAAGGGGAUGAACCAACUGGUGGCCUGGGGACAAGACUUCCACCAGCCAAGCCACCGAGACUGUUCACAAGCCCCAGUUCCCUCAAUGACAGUUUUGAGAGCCAAGUUGCAAGCGAGAUGGAUGCUCUUGAUGACAUACAGGAGGAGGAACUGAGUGUAUCACCUCCUGGACCUCAUCCUCCACCCUACCCAAGUAGUGGAAGUAUCCCUGAGCCACACACUCCCUCCCCAGACCUGUCUCUACCCUCUAAUGGCUUCAGAGAGAGGCUAGGGGGUGGGAGCAGUGGUGGCAGCUCCCUGUACCAAUAUGGGGAUCACGUUUCUUGUGAGGAUCUACUAGACUUUGCAAUGGAUCGACCUAACUCACGUCGUACUCAAGGGCCAGCGCGGGGCACCCAGUCUGAUGAGGUGCACAUUAUGCAGAAGGUUCUCAAAAAUGAGCAUGUGUCCCCAGAGGAGUGUGUUGUGGCUCUCAAUGAGUGUGAGUGGGAUGUGCAUCGUGCCCUCAAGCUUACCAGGCUGCAGCUUCUCAUCCCAUCUCACCGGGUUUCCCUAGAAGCAGCCCGCAGCACCCUCGCUUCCUUCUCCUGGGAUGUGGGCAAAGCUGCCUCAUACCUUGUGGCAACACAAGGCAUUAGUGAGGAUACAGCACAAGUUUGAAUCAUUAUUAUCCAGUUUUAUAAUUCAGCUCUACAUUAAAGGAAGAUGAUAGUGAAUGAAGUGCUCCCAAGUACUCAGUUAUGCCAAUACUGAGUCAAUAAAGAAGUGAUGUUGUCCUUCCCUUACAUUCAUUCACAGCCUUUCAGUCAUUCUGGAGGGAAGCUGUGUUAAGAUCAAAGGUUCUGUUGUCCUGGAAUGAGACAUUAUCUUGAACAUUUUUAACUGUUUAUUCAUGCCUUCACAUAAUUUUAUUUCAUAAUAUUGUACAUGUGAAGGAGUGAUAUUUUGUGGUGACAUGUAAGUUGUGCCUCACUCCCAACCCCAACACAACACAGCCAUCUUCUAAAAGCCAAUACUCCAAAUAUCUUACACAAUAAUCAAGAACACACAAGGCAUUACACAUGAAAUAUGGAAUGUCCUAAAAGACUAAGAAGGAGGUGGGAAGUUUAAAAAGAGUACAAGAUAUACAUUUUGUAAGAUGAAAGUGUAACAAAUAGCUGAACAAUUUACACCCUUCAUAUCAGUGGACAUCAGAUCCCAAGUGAAAUGCAGAGGAAAGCCUGUAAUGGAAAUGAGGGCCCUAACAAUAUUUGAACAUUCAUUCAGUGUUUGCUGAGGAUCCCAAAAGAAAGAAAAAAGGUAGAGGCAAAUGCUUAUAUUUCAGCAUGUUGUCUGGGAGAGUAAUCCAAAGAGGGUGUUUUUUGUUUGAUGUUCAGGAAGAGUUUGGUUUUGUAACUGAAAGGGAGAGAAAUCAUCCUUCUUGUAGUGAAACAGACCCCCAAAAAUAGACUCAAGAAGUGACUGAAAUGUACAGAAAAUUGGAUUUGAGUGGAAUGUACAGAAAAUUAUAAUUUAAGUGACUAUGAUGUACAGGACAUUUAUUAUGAUCAAAUGAUCAAAGAAUGCCAAUUGACUUUUAAAAGUGUACAGGACUUUGGUACUUGUUUAUUUGGCAUGUCAGUGACAAAAAUGUAAUGGAAACACUAGAAGAAGGCAGCAGAAAUUGAAAGUGUGUGUGUGUGUGUGUGUGUGUGUGUGUGUGUGUGUGUGUGUGUGUGUGUGUGUGUGUGUGUGUGUGUGUGUGUGUGUGUGUGUGUGUGUGUGUGUGUGUGUGUGUGUAAAAGAGAAAACUAAA